AUGUCCACCUUAUUAGCCGACCAGGAGGCGCCCAUCAUCUCGUUAUCUGCCAAGAAGCACUUCGAGGAAUUGCCCACUACGGAAGCUAAGCUCUAUGCCCACUACCUCUCGAGAGCCGCUCACUGGGGCUCCAGAGCAGUUUUGAGGUCAGUAUCGCCAGAGAGUGAGGCGAUCUUCGACUUGAUUUUGGGUGUUCACAAAGCUUUGGGUCUGCCAAAGUCCAAUGAAGAGUACCAGAGCAUCUUGAAGGAUGUGGUGUCUGCUGAAGCUGUUACCCAGUACUUGGAGUACGCCUCUCAGUUCUUGGGCAACUUGGGAAAUUACAAGUCAUUUGGUGAUAGCAAGUUUGUGCCUAGAGUGGCACAGGAGGAUUUUGCAGCAAUCGUGAAAGCAGCCAACAAGCCUGAAUUGGCUCAAUUGUAUGACAUCGUCAAGGAGCCCUUAUUCGCCACUUCCCCCGCAUUGUUGGGCUGGCCAGAGAAGGGUCAGUUAUCGAACUACUACCCUGAAUGUGCCUCUGUGAUCAAGAAGGAAGAAAUUGAAGCCAUCAAUGCUGCCUUGGCUGACCGUUCAAUCAUGCCCGAGAACACUAGAGUGAUCAAAAAGUCCGACUCGGAGUUCGUGGUGCUUGUGGCGAGCGCUUUGAAGGAAAAUACCGUCGACUACUACCCUAAGGAUGCUAUUUAUUUGAAGUCAGGAGCUCUCGUGACCAUCCAGUUUGGCGAUCACUCCAAGGAAUUCAUUGAGAUUACCAAGAACAUCCAAGAGGCAGGCAAGCACGCUGCUAAUGAAACCCAGAAGAAGAUGAUUGAAUUCUACGCUCAAUCGUUUGAGACUGGUUCGAUGAAGGCACACAAAGAGUCUCAGAUCCAGUGGGUCAAGGACUUGGGUCCACAAGUCGAAUCCAACAUUGGUUUCAUUGAAACUUACAGGGAUCCUUCAGGUGUUCGUGGAGAAUGGGAAGGUUUGGUUGCCAUGGUGAACCAAGACAGAACUGCCAAAUUCGCUACGUUAGUCAACAAUGCCUCGACUUUGAUUCCAUACUUGCCUUGGGACAAAUUCUACGAGAAGGAUACCUUCACCCCACCAGACUUCACAUCCUUGGAAGUUUUGACUUUUGCUGGUUCAGGCGUUCCAGCAGGUAUCAACAUCCCAAACUACGACGAUGUUAGAUUGAACGUCGGCUUCAAGAACGUUUCGUUGGGGAAUGUUUUGAGCGCCAACCCUAAAAACCCAAAGAAAGAAGAGGUGAUCAGUUUUGUCUCCGCCUCGUUACAGGAAAAGUUUCGUAAGUGGAGAGACGACUCAUUUGAAGUCCAGGUUGGUUUACAUGAGUUGUUGGGCCACGGCACAGGUAAGUUAUUACAAGAGACUUCUCCCGGCGAGUUCAACUUUGACAAGAGCGCUCAUCCAGAAUUGUCUACAUACUACAAGCCAAGUGAGACAUGGGGCUCCUUAUUCGGAACUACUGCGGGCUCCUUCGAGGAGUGUCGUGCUGAAUUGGUUGCAUUGUAUCUCAUUUUGUACAAACCUGUCGAGGUGUUGCCUAUCUUUGGUAUCAAGGAGGUGCAGGAUCAAAAGGAUGUCAAGCUCAUUGCUACGCUUUUGAUGGCUCGUGCUGGUUUGAUCGGUCUUGAGUUCUGGGACCCAGCUUCCAAGAAAUGGGGACAGCCACACAUGCAAGCCCGUUUUGGAAUCUUUAAGAGCUUACACAAGGCAGGCGUCGUGUCGCUCAAGUAUGAAGACAAGGAGAAGUUUAGCGACCUCGAGCUUGUUGUAGAUGAGUCUAAGUUGGAUAACGAGGCGGUGAAGGCCUUGGGAGAUUUCUUGCACAAGUUGCACGUCUACAAGUGUUCAGCCAACGUCAAAGAGGGCGUAGCCUUCUACAGCAAUAUCACUGGCGUUACAGAGGAAUACGCCAAGUUCAGAGAUGUCGUUCUUGAGAAAAAAUUGCCUCGCAAACAGCUUAUCCAGGCUAACACAUUCCUCGAUGGGCAGGGUAACAUUGAGGUGCGCGAGUACGAGGAGUCCGAGGUCGGAAUGAUCCAGAGUUUCGUAGACAGAGCAGUUUAG